AUGUAUCCUCUGUCUUUCCACAAGGACCCUGAGGGCUUCAGGAGCGCGAUGCUCGAACGAGGGAGGAAAUUUGAGCGUCUUAGAGGGUACCAAGCUCAGUCCUACAAGGGGAGUAUGCAUCUCUUGGAUGAUAAACUCAUCACAGGGAAAAUGCCGGUUGAGGGUCGUGUCAUUAUCGACACAUUUGCAUACUACGCGUCCUCUGGCAACGAUAGGCCCGAAAUGCGGCCAGUGGGGUCUCCCGACGAAUAUAUCCAGGAUGAGCCCCAGAGCCCUCAAGAUUCCGAGUCCGGUGACUUCAUCCAGGUCCCGUCUGACUUGAGUGAUGAUAUAGGCCCUGACUUGUGGGGUCGGAAGGAAGAUCUUUCACCGCUUACGAAUGAGCAGUGUCUGGUCGCGGAUCCAUGGCUCACGGCAUUUGACCUAAAGGCGAAGCGAUGGGGUCUCGUGGACAUUGACGGCCUGUCUGACGUCGAGUGGAACUAUGACGCUUUCGAUAAUCUUGUUGUCCCGGACGACGAGAAGCAGCUGGCCUGGGACUUUGUGGAGAGCAAGACCACAUCAAAUGAAGCUUUCGAUGACUUCAUCCCGGACAAGGGCCGGGGAAUCAUCAUCCUGAUGUUUGGCCCGGCAGGUGUUGGAAAGACUUUCACGGCUGAGGCAGUGGCUGAACGCGCAAACGUGCCUCUCUACUCGAUGAGCGCAAGCGCACUUGGCACAGAGCCUGCAGAGAUUGAACAGAACCUCGACAGGGCGCUGCAGAUGUGCAAGUUGUGGAACGCGAUGUUACUCCUUGACGAAGCGGACGUCUUCCUGGCAGCUCGGCAGAGUGAAAGCAUGAAGCGCAACGAGCUCGUGUCUCUGUUCCUGACCAAGCUGGAGUACUAUCCCGGCAUCCUUUUCUUGACAACUAAUCGGGCUUCUGAUAUCGACUUCGCCUUCCAGUCCCGGGUGGACCUGUUUCUCCCGUACUUCGAGCUCACGCCCGAAGCGCGGCUGAAGAUCUGGAACAAUUUCAUCGAUCGAGCCGGACGAGAGGGGUUCUCGUCUGCGAACAUGGAAGUGGAAUUGGAGAAGUUAUCCCGACUGUGCUUGAACGGCAGAGAGAUCAAGAAUCUGGUCAAGACCAGCCAGUUGCUCAGCCAGAAGACUGGCGGUUUCGGCUCCAUGGAGAAGCUCUACUUCCUCGCUGAAAAGCGUGUCCACGCCUUGAAGCUGCUUGCGGAGCGAGGAGCCUAG